AUGACAUCCAUCGAUCAGCCGCUGAACGGCAAGAUACUCCUCAUUACAGGAGGUGCAUCUGGAAUCGGCCUUUGUGUAACAAAGCAAGCACACGAUCUCGGCGCACGCAUCCUUGUCGCAGACCUCAAAACAACACCCGACUUCGAUACCUUUGCUGCCAAGAAGUCGAACAUUCUCUACGUGCAAUCUGACGUGACGCGAUGGGCCGACUUUGACAAACUUUUCGACGCGUGCGAAAAGCAAUGGAACGACGUUCCCGAUGCAUACGCCAUCUGUGCGGGACUGUUCGACCCACCGUUUUCCAACUUCUGGCAAGACCCCGAAGACCAAGGGUAUAAGCAAGUGGAGGUCAACGUGAACCAUCCAAUCAAAUUAACGAGAUUGGCUAUCAGGAAGAGUCUGGGGAAGGGCAAAAGGGCUAGUGUUUGUAUCAUCGCGUCAGUAGCCGGCAUAUCAGGCAACCUAGCAGCUCCGCUCUACUGCGCAACGAAACACGCUGUCGUGGGCUUCGUAAAGUCUCUUGGGCCAUCUGAGCCACUCACAGGCGUCAAGAUUACCACUCUCUGUCCUGGCGCCGUGGCGACACCGUUAUUCGACGCCGCGAAACUCAAGCAAUACUCUGUGACCACGGAGAAGGCAUUGACACCAGAUGCAUGCGCGACUUCUUUGUUGGAUCUGCUACAGAAGAAAGAGUACCCAUGCGGCAGUGUACUGGAAAUUACUCUUGGUGGGACAAGGCUUAUCCCGGAGUGGGGUGUGGAGCCGCCGAAAGGUGUGGGCUCGGGACAAGACCUGGAUGAGCAGUUCAUGACGAACAUGCUCCAGCCUAUCAACGACAAGUUGAAUGCGGAGAAGGCGAAGGCAUGA